GAGUUUUUUUCCCCUUGUUACUGAUGAGAAUCGUGCGGAGUGCGUGCAAUACUUGGGUUCUUGUAUAUUUGCUUUUUUAGAUUUAUUCUUACUUGACUUUAAAGACCCAAGAACAGAAUAUUUCUUAUUUUAUGCUUUGUUUAGUUUAGUUAAUGGGUUAAUUCAUUCAUGUUUAAUCUUAAAAUGGUUUUGGAUUCUAUGGUUAAUUGGGUUUAUACAUUCUCUUAUGUUAUAUACAGUAUUUCUGUUGUUAUUUGCAGAUUUGAUUAAGUUCUUGAAUUUUACAGGUGAUCCUCUUUGUUUGGGAUCUUUUCUUGUGUUUAUAAUUUAUGCCUCAUUUACUCUUCCGAUGAAAAAAGAUUGGAAAUUUGUUGCUUAUAAAGUGGUUUCUCUUGGGUAAAGGUUUAAAUUGCAUGAGUAAAGUUUGAGACUUUAUUAGAAGAAGGACGAUUAUUAGUCAUUUUUUUGUCAAUUAGAUUCUCAAUGUGACAAGUAGAAAGCUCAUGGUGAAAGUAUAGUACAUUAAAAUCCAACUUAUUUGCCAUCACAAGAUUGCUGUCUUUAUUAGUUGAUUGCGAUGAUCGGAGACUUUUGGAUUUCGGUUCUGCUUAGCGACAAAUUUUCAGAUUAAAUGCAAUCUUGACCGUUGUCCGUUAUCUUCUUUGUUUCCUCUUGUAUCCUUGGACACUACAUUGUGGUUCUAAUUAAUGAGCAAUUAAUUUGAAAUCUUGAAAUGGGUGCCUGUGAACAUAAAUUUAGCAAAUGAGUAAUUGAAUAAGUAUAUGGAAGUCUCAUAUAUUGGUUUUAAAAGUGUGCUCUAGGAGAAAAAAAGCUCGGAGUUUUUUUUACCAAAUUGCUAAUGAGAAUCGUGCAGAGUUCGUGUAGAACUUGGGCUUCUUUCGUGCAAUUUGUUCUUUGAUGGCGAGGUUUCUAGGAAUAUUAUCAACAGGUCUAUUUAGGAUUACUUUACUUGGUAAAAACACAGUUAUCUCUUUUGUAAAACAAGAUUUUCUUAUCUGGGAUCUCUCGUUCGUUUUCUCUUUCUCCCUAUUAUACAAUAAUAUAGUACACAACCUUUGAAGUCUCAUACAAGUUCUGUCCGUCUGUCUCUCUCUUUCUUGUUUUCUUCUCUCUCUAAAAAAUAAAAGAGCUUUCUUUUUCUUUCUUUCUGAGAAGAAGAACAAGAAAAAAAAAAAACACUUGUGGCCUCAUUUACUCUUCCAGUUGAUAAAGAUUAUAACUUUGUUGCUUAUAAAGUGGUUUCUUUUGGAUGAAGGUUUAAAUUGUAUGAGUAAAGUUUGAGAAUUUAUUAGAAAGGAGGACCUAUAUUAGUCAUUUUUGUGAAUUAGAUUCUCAAUGUGACAAGUAGAAAGUUCAUGUGUGAAAAUGGAGUACAUAAAAGUCCAAUUAUGUGCUACUACAAGAUUACUGUCUUUAUUUGUCGAUUAUGAUAAUUGGAGACUUUUGGAUUUCGGUUAUGCUUAAGGACAAAUUUCCAGAUUAAUUGCAAUCUUGACAGCUGUCCCUUUUCUUGUUUGUUUCCUCUUGUAUCCUCGGGCACUAUAUUGUGGUUCUAAUUAAUGACAGACAGGACAGUUGGUUCCUUAUUACUGUAUGCUAUCAUAGGGAUUAGUUUUAAGUCUUGAAACCGGUGCGCCUGAAGAUAACUUUAACAAAGGAGUAAUUGAAAAAGUAUAUGCAAUUCUUAUAUAUUGGUUUCUGAAAGUGUUCUCUAGGAGAAAAAAAGCUAAAAGUUUUUUCCCCUUUGUUGCUGAUGUGAAUCGUGCAGAGUGCGUGCAAUACUUGAGUUUCCCUCGUGUAAUAUGUCCUUUGAUGACAAGGUUUCUAAGAAUUUUUUGUUUUGUUUUUUGAGAAAGUUAACAAUCUUGUAUAUAUAGCAAAAGGCUGCACUUGGGUAGUGCUGAAAAGGGUACUUACAAGCUCAUAUAACAGCCAAAAGGAAACUGUCCAGAUCUAUAAAGCUAUAAUAUUACAAUUUGCCAAUUAGGUCUAUAAAAUCCCCUGCAUCCCCCUAAAGGUUGUGUUUACACCAAAAAUAGAAAAUACUAAGGCACUUCAUCCUAAUUUUGUGUAUGGAAUUGCUUGUAUCUUCAAAGACUCUUGAGUUUCUUUCUGCCCAUACCAUCCACCAUAUGCAGGCUCGGAUCAAUUGCCACUAGUUUUCACUUCCAUGUCUUUUCCCAAUCUCCUUUCAGUUAUUAAGCAGAUCAAAAGUGGUUCUGGGCAUGACCCAGCUGAUACCUAGGAUACAAAAGAACAUGUUCCAUAGAUUAGUUGUUGUCUUGCAAUGGAUGAAUAAAUGUUCAUUGGUCUCCCCGUCCAUUACACAUAUUAUCUCUUUUGUUGCAUGUUAAGCUUAGGAAAGAGUAUAAAGAGAAGUCCACACAUUCACACAUUGCAGGCAAUGUCUUCUACUCCUGAAGAUUAUCUUGUAUGUGCUGAUCCGGCAUUAUUAAUACAUAAUGUAUACAACCGAUUACAUGGAAAUGUUAACAAAGCAUUAAUUGCUGAUUUAUGUAAAAAUUAAAGUCAUCGAAGUUAGCUUUUGAAAGAUAUACUUGAAGUGGAAUAGUUUUUUCCGUUUCCUCUUUUUGGGGAAAAAACCCCUGAAAGUGUCUUCUUCAGGAUAGAAUCUAUGCCACUGAUUUUCUCUUCGUAAAAUUCUUCAAGGCGACCUGAUAUUCUUAUUUCUGUCUUCAUUAGUAGAUUGCUGUAACUGGAGAGUUUUGGAUUUUGGUGCUGCUUAGAGACAAAUUUCCAAAUUAGUUACAAUCUUGACCACGAAGGGGAGCCUUGGAGCAACAGUAAAGUUGCCUAUGUGUGACCUAUAGGUCAUGGGUUCGAGCUGUGGAAGCAACCACUAGUGCUUGCAUUAGGGUAGGCUGUCUAAUGCGGACCCUGCUAACGCGUGACGCUUUGUGCGCCGGGCUGCCCUUUAAUUGCAAUCUUGACCGCUGUCUGUUGUCUUGUUUGUUUCCUCUUGUAUCUCCGGGCACUACAUUGUGGUUCUAAUUAAUGAUGGACAAGACGAUUUGGUUCCUUGUUACUGUAUGCAUUAGGUUGCAAUUAAUUUUAAGUCUUGAAACCGGUGUGUGUGAGCAUAACUUUGACGAAGGAGUGAUUGAAAAAGUAUAUGCAUGUGUUGGGUUUUUGAUAGUGUUCUCUAGGAGAAAUAAAAGCUAGGCGUUUUCCCCCCUUGUUGCUGAUGAGAAUCGUGCAGAGUGCGUGCAAUACUUGGGUUUCUCUCGUGCAAUUUGUUCUUUGAUGGCGAGAUUUCUAAUAAUAUUUUUAGCAGGUCUAUUUGGGAUUAUUUUACUUGGUAGAAACAUAGUUAUAUCUUUUGUCGCAUGUUAAGAUUAGGAAAAAGUACAAAAAAGAAGUCACACGUGCACACAUUGCGAGCAAAGUCUUCUACUCCAGAAGAUAAUCUUGCAUGUGCUGAUUUGGCAUCAUUAAAUUGCAAUCUAUACAACCGACUACAUGGAAAUAUUAACAAAGCAUUCAUUGCUGGUUUAUGUGGAGGGAAAGUCUUCGAAGUUAGACUUUGAAAGAUAUACUUGAACCACAAUAGUCUUUUUGGUUUCCUCUUUUUGGGGAAAAAAAACCUGAAAGAGUCUUCUUCAGGAGAGUAUCUGUCCAGUUGAUCUUCUCUUCAUAAAAUUCUUCAACGAGUCUUGAUAUUCUUAUUUCUGUUUUAGGGCAUAAAUCCUAAUUUUGAUAUUUAUGGAUGUUAUUAGUGACCUUUUCCCUGUGUGGACGUAACUUUAACAAAGGAGUGAUUGAAAAAGUAUUAUGCAAGUUUUCAUAUGUUGGUUUUUAAAAAGCGUGCUCUAGGAGAAAAAAAGUUGGGAGUAUUUUUUCCAUGUUGCUGAUGAGAAUCGUGCAGAAUGCGUGCAAUACUUGGGUUUUUCUGGUGCAAUUGUCCUUUGAUGGCGAGGUUUCCAAGAAUAUUUCUUACAGGGUAUAAGCGAUGGGCCCGUCAAUGAAGAAAUCCACUAGUUGGCAAAAUAAAAUUGUCUUUCAAGGCAAGUUAGGGGUUCUCGAAACUUAGAGAAUCUCUAAUUCUCAUAUACAUGAACAUACACGUUUCAAAGCCUAACUAAAAGACUCUUGAGGAACACCGGACUUUACUAGGAAUGGGAACACAAGUGCACUAUAAAGGAUUUUUACCGAGCUAUUAUUCUAUGAGGGACCUUAAUGAGGAUUCUAAUAGCAGCAGUUGGCCCCUAUUUUAUGGAGAUAAGACCUUACCGAACGGGCAAUAUUGUAAUGGUUUCACGUCAAGGACUAUAACUGAUGCAUAUACGGGGUAUGAUAAGGACGUUCUAAAGCAGAAAAUGCUCGAACACGAGGCCAUAUUCAGGAAUCAGGUGGUGGAACUUCAUCGCCUUUACAGAAUUCAAAGGGACAUGAUGGACGAAUUGAGAAGGAAGGAAAUGCAUAAACUUCGCUCAUCAAUGGAGCCAUCAUGUUCAUCCAGUCACCUAGGAUCUCAAGUACCAUCUGAGGAUGUCCGGAAAUGGCACAUCACAAACUUUCCUUUGGAAAAUUCCAGUUAUACUAGACCAUCUACAUCUGGUACUGAAAUUGUUAAUUCUCCCUUCAGUUCUUCAAAAGGGGAUGCUGUACAGCUUGGUCGAGUUCAAAUGCAAAAUGGUUAUUCUUCAAAAACCUCUGAUGUUUUGGAGGCUAGACCCUUAAAGGUCCGGAAAAAGUUGUUUGAUCUUCAACUUCCAGCUGAUGAUUACGUAGAUACAGAAGAAGGUGGACGGUUGCGAGAUAAUGGAAAUUAUAUAGUUGCUCAAGAGAGUGGAACAAAGUUUUUCCUUGGUGGCGGUGCAAAGAGUGAUAGCCGAAAAGAUGCUUCAACGUCCAAUUCGUGUUUUAGAAGCUCAGUUGGGUUGGCUGACCUAAAUGAACCAGCGCAGCUUGAUGAAGCAACCCAUCCUGUUGAUUUUCUUGGUUAUGGUAAUAAUCAUAAAGAGGCUAGAAGCAUAAAUGCUUCUGCAAGAUCAAAUCCGCCGUUUGUGGCUAUGCCUUGGAAUUCCAAUUGUGCAAGGCCAAAUGACUCUUUAAGUAACAGAUAUGAUCACUGUAGAGGGAAAGAGAGGGAGUGGUUGGCCUCAGCAUAUGAAACAGGUAACAUCAAAGGUAGCUCAGCUUCAUUGCCAAGAGGUCUUGAAGAAGACAAGAGACCUGCAGCUUUCCAUCAAGCACCAGUAAUGAUUAACAAAACCUAUCAAGCUCCAGGAGUUCACCAUAUACAGGAUGGCAUUUGGAAAGAUGGAACAGGACAUAGUUUAGAUAUGUCUCGCAGAAAUGGUGAGCAGUCCAACUGUACUCAAGUGGGACCACCAUUUGUUACUUCCAAGAUGGCUAGUCCAUAUCCAUGUGUGAGUUCCUCCGAAUUUAACAGUUCAUGGCCGCACUCUGUCUCUUCUUGGGAGAAGCCAAAUGGUGGCUUUACUCAGAGGUUAUCCUCAAUGCAUACAAACUCAUUCUUCAAUUCAUCUCAGAGUCAAAUUGGAAACUAUUGGCAUGCUAAUGGAAGUUCUAGGUUGCGUCCAGGUUGUGCCGGGGAGCUACCCAAUAGGACCGGUUUUUACCAGGGUUCCUCAUCUGGGACAAAAGAAUCACCAAUUCACUUCCCUUCAGCUGCUUUUGACUCUUUGGGCCACAUUAAGGGGGACCCUUUUACAUCUGAACCCUCCUCUAAUAAUGCAUGUGAGAAUAUUCUCGUUAGCUCUAACAAUACGGAUGCGAAAUCUGCAAAAGGCUUCAACUUAAAUGAGCUAGCGAUGAGCGAGGAACCUCCCAGGCGAGAUGUCGAGUUUGGUAAUGAAAAAAGAGAGCUUCAAGACUCUGUAACAGUGUUGCCAUGGCUUAAAGCUAAAGCAAAUGGUAAAAAUGAGGGAAUCAAUACUACACAAGAAGUGGGUGAGACGCGACAAAUAAGAAAAAUUCUUGGUGUUCCAAUCCUCGAUAUUCCCACUGCUUCCAGAAAUGAGUCAUCAUCACUCGUUUCCGCUUCUGCUAAUCUUCGUUCCUCUCCUGAGAGAGAGAGUAUCAGACAUGAAAAGAGGAGUAUGGUGAUUGACAUUAACAUGGCUUUUGAAGUUGAGCCCGAAGAACCUGAACACUUUGUUACUGAGAAAGUGAUGGAGACCAAAACUAUCAACAUCAGGAAUCACUUUGACUUGAACUCCUGUAUUACUGAGGAUGAAGAACAGGUUCCUGCUGAAAGCGAUAAGACCAAUGUGAAGAAGACUAUUCUGGAUAUAGAUCUCGAAGCCCCUAUAGUUAUGGACACUGAACAAGAUAAUUUGCCUGGAGAAGAACACAAGCAACACGAGGAAUUACUCAGAACUGCAGCAGAGGCAAUAAUUGCCAUGUCAUCAGCCACUCAUUGCACAUCGAUCGAGGAAAUAUGCGGUGAUCCGUCUGAUGAUCCUCUACGAUGGUUUGUUGAUGUGGUCUCUUCUUGUGCAGCGGAGCUUGAUAGUACAUCUGCUAAAGAAAUUACAUGCAAGGAUAAUAACAUGAUGGUUGCGGAUAAAGCUUUGAAGGACAUAGAUUACUUUGAAGCAAUGACAUUGCAACUAACAGAAACCAAGGAGGAAGAUUACAUGCCCAAGCCUUUUGUUCCUGAAGUCCAAAUAGUGGAAGAUGCGGGGCCUAGUUCACUAACAAACCGACCCCGAAGAGGGAAUGCAAGGAGGGGAAGACAACGGAGGGACUUCCAAAGGGAUAUCCUUCCCGGUCUAGCUUCAUUGUCUAGGCAUGAGGUGACCGAAGACAUUCAAAUAUUCGGAGGGUUGAUGAGAGCAACAGGCCAUACUUGGAACUCUACUUUGACAAGAAGGAAUGGAGGUACUAGGGGAAGGCGGAAAAAAGUUGUGGACCCCACCCCUGCCACCACGGUGUUGACCACGACGACAACGAGCUCGCCACUAAUGCACCAAUUUAAUAACAUUGAAGCCAGUUUGGUGGAGGAUAAAAGCCUAACAGGGUGGGGAAAGACACCUAGACGCCCUCGGAGGCAAAGAUGCCCAGCAGGCAAUCCUCCGGCUGUCCUGUUAACUUAAAAAAUGGGGCAAAUGAGGCUGUAAUUUUAUCCAUUCAUCAUUUAUAGAGAUGACAUUAACGGAUUUAGGGAGUGAUGUUUAUGAACUUCAGGAGUGAAAAUUUUAGCUAUAUGGGGAUGUCAUUGUACAUGUCUUUGUUUUUGCUCCAUAAUUUGGGGGCCCCAUUAUUGUGUUUCUUCCAUUGGAUUACUGACCUUGUAUUCAGCAAGAUGCUGCAUAAUGUCUUGUGCUAUUAGCAUUUAUUAAUGCUAUGUAGUGAUGUUGUUGGGUUUC